AGUGGUGUGAGAGCUCGAGCCGAUGUUACAGUGCGUCCUGGAAUAGUGGCAUUUUUAAAAGAUUCCGCAGCUCCUGGUGUAAUCAUGAAAAUGGAAGAGGCGAAUAUAGGUGGCUUAGGUGUCGGAGUUACGGUGGAUAUACAGAGAACAGAUGGUCGCGUCCACUCGGCGACCUGUUCUGCCGUCAACCCCGCCACCAGGAGUGUCACAGUCGAGUGGUUCGAGAAGGGGGAGACUAAAGGAAAGGAGAUUGAGUUUGAUGCAGUUUUUGCCCUCAACCCAGACUUGGCCCCACAGGACCAGAAUGCCAUGCCACCCCCCUCCAGAUUUGACGACGACGACGAGGAGUCCAGCUUGUCCGAGGCUGAUCUGAGUGACUACGUCUCUGGACUCAAUGUCGGCCGCACUGCGCGAGGCUCCGGCCGCUUCUUGAGGUCUUCCCACACCCACAGCAACGUGCCGGCCGCGUACCACCCUCAACGGCCGCCCUCCGCCCACACAUCUCACCUGCCACGGCCUCCAGGGCACCAGGUGGCGCGGUCGCAGUCGGCCUCCAGACUCACCUGGUACCGCCCCCGCCCCCCGCCUGCUGUGCAGCCUCUCGCGCCCAUUGACGCCCAAGCUAGUCAUCCCACGUCCCCGCCCAAACUCCUCUUCCCCUCCCUCAUCUUGCCCUUUGUAUUUUUCCUCAUUGGCCUACAAGCCAUGACUGUAUAA